AUGCUAAAAGGGUGUUACUUACAGAGCAGUAAAAAAAAACCUGUAUUAUCACCAUACUGUUCAAAGUCGAUUUCUAACAAAGUGCCAUCGAGAAAAAUCUGCGCAAUCCUCACAAAUAUUAUGUUUUAUAAUGAAUCAAUCUUUGAUAACUUAUACAGAGGAUUGUUUUCUUGCUUCAAGCCAAUAUGGACUUAUUUUGCAACUUACUUUGGACUCAGGAGGACGAAGGAAUCAAUAGCAUGCAAAAAUGAUGAAUGGGAGAUUCCGUUUGAAUCAAUCACUCAUUUGGAAUGGUUGGGUUCGGGAUCUCAAGGUGCAGUAUUCAUAGGCAGUUUUAACGGUCGUUUAGUUGCAGUGAAGAAAGUUAAGGACAAAUCAGAAACAGAACUUAAGCAUUUGCAGCAUAUCAAUCAUGCAAAUCUUAUAAAAUUCAUAGGAGUUUGUACGCAAUCACCAUGUUAUUGCAUAGUAAUGGAAUACUGUGGUCAGGGCCAACUUUAUGAAGUAAUCAGAAGUGGUCGGCAUAUUGAAAAAAAUCAGUUCGCACAGUGGACACAUGAAAUUGCUGACGGUAUGAACUAUUUACACCAAAAACGGAUCAUUCAUCGGGAUCUCAAGUCGCCAAACAUUUUGGUGGAUGAUACUGAUACUCUAAAAAUUUGUGAUUUUGGUACCUCACAUCAAUGGAACCGGCAAAAAAGUACGAUAAUGUCAUUUUGUGGUACAGCUGCUUGGAUGGCACCAGAAAUUAUCAAGAAAGAACCAUGUUCGGAAAAAGUUGAUAUUUGGAGUUUUGGAGUUGUUUUAUGGGAAUUGUUAACGCAAGAAAUUCCAUAUAAGGACAUUGAUUCGAUGGCAAUUAUUUGGGGUGUUGGCUCAAAUAACCUAAGCUUACCAAUUCCUGAAACUGCUCCAGAAGGUAUGAAAUUAUUGCUAAAGCAAUGCUGGAGUAUGAAGCCACGAAAUCGCCCAUCUUUUCUGCAUAUCUUAACACAUAUUGCAGUUUUUAAGUCAGAAAUUGCAAGUAUUACCGAGCAGGAAUGGACGCAGAAGAAACUUCUGUAUAUGAAAAGUAUUAGACACGAAAAUCAGAUGACAUCAAAACAGAAUGAUGUUUUGAAUAUGGAAAAAUUUACAGAACGUGCGCUGCUUCGAAUGAGACGUGAGGAACUAAAGCAUGCGCAAGAUAUUCGAGAAAUGUACGAAGAUAAGCUGAGAACAGCGGAUAAAAUUUAUUCAAAAUUAAAACAAUGCCUUAAUGAUUUAGCCACUCGUGAAGAAGUAUUUUUUUUUGAACAUUUAAAAAUUUUUACAUUUAUAUUAAUUAUGAACUUGGCAAAUUUGAAGAAAUUUAUAAAGUUUCAGCUGUAUAGCUGUUUUCAGAAAGUUUCAAAUAAUUUUUAUCGAAAUGUAGAAGGUCGUUGGUCAGAUAGGCGUUUAACAGCGCAACGAAGGCGAAUUAAAAAUGAUUUUGGUAAUUUCCAUCGAGAAUCAUUACAACGAGCGCUGCUAAAUCGCUUGCUGAUUACUUUUUUCUCAAUUACAGAAUCAUCACUGGAACGAACUUUGGAAUUAAGCGCUCUACAUUCUGAUGGUCUUUGUGAUCAAGAACGUCAAGUUCGCGCAGAUAAAGAUGAUAUUAAAUCGCAUCAUAAGACAAGUGCAGGCAGAAGCCUCUUGAACUUUCGUUACUGA